GCGGAUCCGAACGAAUAGUGUGUAGUAGGUGAUGUAGCAAUUGACACGUUGACGGAGGCUAGCCCACUAGCGUUCUUCUAAUUUAUAUUAAUAAUUCAGUUUUCUAAUUUAACUAUUAUUAUAAUUCAAAAAAAGCUCAUACUUUCUAAAUAAUGGGUGGUUUCUUCUCAUCCCUGUUUUCAAAUCUCUUUGGCUCGAAAGAGAUGAGGAUACUGAUAUUAGGCUUAGACGGCGCCGGAAAGACGACCAUUUUAUACAGACUUCAGGUUGGAGAAGUUGUAACGACAAUACCAACAAUUGGAUUCAAUGUUGAAUCAGUUACAUACAAAAAUCUGAAGUUCCAGGUGUGGGAUUUAGGUGGUCAGACAAGUAUCAGGCCUUAUUGGAGGUGCUAUUAUUCUAACACCGAUGCCAUUAUUUAUGUAGUUGACAGCUGUGAUAAAGAUAGAAUUGGAAUAUCCAAAUCAGAAUUAGUUGCAAUGUUAGAGGAAGAAGAAUUGAGUAAGUCUCUACUAUUAGUGUUUGCAAAUAAGCAGGAUAUGGAAGGCUGCAUGACACCGUCAGAAGUAGCAAGCUCACUAGGACUUCCAGCGUUACGAACUAGAAAAUGGCAAAUAUUUAAAACCUCAGCUAUCAAGGGAGAAGGCUUAGAUGAAGCAAUGGAAUGGCUUGUGAAAGAAUUAAAGACGAAGCAGUAAGCAGAGUUCCUUGAAAUAGACUUCAGACCUUACUGGAUCCAAAGUGCCACUCUGCUCUGUUUGGAUUGAGUCUAACAAAACAGAGUGACCAUGACAUCCUUGUCAGACCGCAGUAAAGCCAUGUUUUAAGCUCACCAAACCUUACACGAGGACAGAAAAAACAUCUUGAUACAGCUAUGUACUGCUUCCUGUUAAAAUAGAGGUGCAAAAAAAUGUGGAAAAUAUUUAAUUAACUUUUCUAUAAAAAAAAAAAAAAUAAGUGUGAGAAAAGAAUAUAAAAUUUCUUUAAUGUAAUUUAUUAUUACUCAGAAGUUUAAUGUUUUACUCAUAUUUAGAUGUUUAAUAGAUUACAGAAUACAUUUGCAAUACAGGUCCAAGAAAGUAUAUGCUGUUUACCACAUUGCAUUAUGUGUGAAAUACAGAAUCAGUUGUAUCUUUUUACAUUAAUAAAAUCUUGUAAAUUAUUAAAAUCUUGCAAAAAUGAUUUUCAACUACUUGUAGUCCCUAUGGACUUUUCCAUAAGUGACAAUCAAACUUAAUAACUGACUGAUCUGACCAGCACCAGGAGCAUCUGCCCAUCCUAGAAAUACACGUUUUUUUGAGUUUAUGCUGUAGGUUUGUGGGUCUUUAGCAAAGAUCUUAUAAUAACAAGAUAGUGUUCUCUGCCAUUCUACGAUGUUCAGUAAAGAAGCAUAAAAGUAAUUGGAACUAAGAGAGUGCAUCCUAGUUGUUACUAUGGCAGUUGUUCCAGAAUUUGCACGUACAUCAUAUAUGUCGGUGUUCAAAAGUAAUUGUGGGAGGGCGUCCUACACUGCGUUGUUGCAGAAUUUUCACUCAGAAAUCACAAAGAACGCUAUCUUGUUAUUACAAGAUCUUUGGUCUUUGCAACCAUAUCCAGCAGGCAGGAUUUACUGGAAAGCUCCAUUGCAUGAAAAAGGUAGCAAGAACUGUUGUCUGGAUACAAAUUUCUCCCAGCAUGCAAUGUGGUAAACAAUCUUUGAGGAUAUUUUGUAGAGUGUACUGUAAGGAUGUCCAUUUAUAGUUUAUAAAAAACUGUAUUUUACUUUAUAGUUGUCCCACUAUAAUGUUGUGAAAGAAUUGUUGUAUAUAUACAUAUAGACGAAAGUAUUGUACAUUUUGAAUUAACUUCCAUAAAUUCGAUCCUAAUUAAGAAUUAGAAAAGACUUGCACCCAUAUUCUUAAAACAAACUUUAGUUCUAUCUAACUAUUUAGAACAAGGCUUAUAAAAUGAUGUCAUUUCAAAUUUUUUUAAAUAAACUUCUACUGGAACAUUGACUAAUUUAUACGCACCUGUACAAUGAAUACAGGCCAAAUUUUCUAGCCUAGCUAGAUUUCUUUCUUUCUUUCUUGCAUUUUAGUGCAAGGAAGAAAUACGACAGGAUUCUGCAGUAAGCUCAUCCCCCUUAAACACAAAAUUGGGCUGAUUUUGGGGAGUGGGCUUAUUCCCAGGAAGGAAAGGCUGGUAUGUAAUAUUAUGCAUACAAUAGGGGGUGGGCUAUUACUUGAGGAACUAAAACUAAAAUUGACAUUCCAGCUUUAGCUUUAAUGGCUAAAUAAACAUGUUGACGUAGCAGUCUUUGCGAUAGUCAUUUUCCAAAAUGUUUCACUGUACAAGAAAAAUUGUCACCAUUAAUAACAAAGAUCUAUAAAUUUUAUCAUCUUUAAUGACUGUUCCUAUACUCAGAUAUUAUUUGUCAAUUAAGUUUUGGACAAAUAAGUAAUUGAUGGUCUCAUGUGAAUUAUUGGAAAUGUGUUUUCAAAUGACAGAUAACAGCUUCACAUUAUUCUGCAUUACCAGUUCUCAAAAUAAUUUGACAGCUUCUUAGUUCUCUCUGACAUCGUGGUAGUCUUUACUUGGCAGCAAUCUGGAGCUGACUGCAAAUUGUAUUUGAUUUAGUCGUACACUCUUUGUGGACGAGAAUCAUAGUUUGAGUUUGCAAUGAGUACUCGAUGGAACUAACUUUGUUUUAAGAAUGCAUGUGUUAGUCAUUUAGUGGUAAAUUAUAUGUUACAUUUAACCAGAUGCCUGGGAUUUUUUUAUAGGUUUUUUUCAACUACCAUUACAUAUUUAUUUACAAGGAUUUUUUUCUUCAAAACUUUUAAUAAACAAAUUAUCUCAUUCUGAUUAAGGGUUAUAGAUGUUGAGGUUGUUAUAUUGGUUAUUUCAUAGAAAGGUGAUGGAUAUAGCAUAGUAGAUUGCUGCUAUAAAAUCAAAAAAAGGUUUCUAUGCAGUUAAGCUUCCCUAAGUUGACUUUGCUUAACUCGAAUAAUUUAUAAGUCGAUCCUAUUUUACAUGCCAAAAUUGUUGUGUUUUCCAUAAGUUAACAAACUGUAAGUCGAAUUUCAUUCAAGUCGAACAAGUUUUCAAUGACAUUUUGGAUUCAACUUAGGCAAAUUCAACUGUACAUAAUUUAUACACGUUUUGUAGUCAUGUAACUCCUCUUAACAAAUGGAUAUUAAUUAAUGUUAGCCACCGAUGUCCUGAAUGAAGUCUAGUAGGGUACUGGAUUGAAAGGCUACCUCACAGCUUAAUUUAAGCUGCAAUCGCACUGGACUUCUAGAAGGGAAGGUUUCAGCGAGACUGUUGGUAAAUUCCAAUGGGUAAAACAUACCACUGUUUGCACUUAGAUAUUUGGAGUUAGUCAGUCAGUUUUACUGUGAGAAAUUGUAACACUAACCAAGCCGUUAAAAUCAACUAUUCAGUGCGCUAAUCUGUGAAUCUCCAUUGAGAAGUUUUCAUGAGAGGCAAGUUUCUGGGCUGUUUGCACUAGACUAAUGGUAAAGUUAACCAGCGUCUCAACUAGUUUUACCGGAAACAGUCCAGUGCCGUUGCGGCUUUAAGCUUCAAUUGUUGAUAAUUACUUAAAUUUGGAAAAAUCUUCAUUGAAAAUAUCGAAUGAUAAUGAACGUUAGUUCCAUUGUAUUGUCAGAGGUCUCUGAUUUAAAACCCAAUUUAGUUGUUUUAGAUUUUAUUCUCAAAUGAGUCGCCUCUACCAUAAAGUAAGUCUUGUUGCAACAGAGACCAGUUGUGGCAAAGACAAGCCAAACAAGUCACUCAUCGCAAAUCCUGUUUCAGAGAUAAAGGCCAAAAGAUGCAGGAAUUUCAACAUUUUUAAAUCUAUUUUAUUACACUAACCUAAAUUAUAUAUACUGUAUAUCUAUAUAUCUCCAUUCUCAAUGUUAUAACAAUCAUAAAAUUUCAAGGCUAAUUUCUUAAAUAUUGUUCUUUAAACAGUUGUAGUGUAUAUUUAAACUCUUGUAACUUCAUAACGAAAUGUCGGAUAGCUUUUAUUUUACUCUUUAACCCUGUAUUGAUAACUAAAAAUUGAUUUGUGACGAGUGACUAGAUGGAUUGAAUUUGCCACAAAUGUAAUUUUGACAGCAUUGCUUAAUACUGUAAUAGUGCUGAAUAUACUUUGCAUGUUGAUAUGGUAUGGAGCCUUUUAGCAGUGUGGCACUUAAACAAUUUUUUGGAGGUUUCAGUGGAGUGGUGUGCCUAGCAUGACAAUGGCAUGGUAGUAGAAUAUGGAGGCCAAAUGGAUUCCCACAGGGGAACCCUGUGUGCCAAUUUAUAAAGGAGCCAAUUAUUUAAUUGGGGAACACUACUUUGCAAAAACCUUUUGACAUUUUGAUAGUGCCAUUUUCGGACAUCUAACGGUGCCUAUUAAAAUUUUUCUCACCUGAUCCCCGAAGACAGGCACUCACUGUGAGGUGAGGGCUAAAAAACAGUGAAUCCAAGUGAGCACUAGACGAUGCAAUAUCAUCUGCUGUUUUUCGGUGGCAGUUGGAACAGAUUGUCAUUGAAAACCAUCCGUUCCGCAUGUGUUGUGGCAUUUCGUUCAACAUAGAAUCGCAUCGGCCAUUAGUCGCGGGCACAGCAUGAUAGGGCUGUCUGGGAUCAUCAUCUUUGCAUAUGAGGUCAAGGUCAACUGUACUUCAAACUGGUCUUAGACUAUUGAUAUUGAAUUCCUUGAUCAGAAGAAGCACCACUUCAUGAAUUGUAUACAGUAUGUAGGCUGUACAACUGUUGCCAAUAAAAUGGAAAUGGUUCCCAACAAUAUAAAAAAAAAAAUUACCAGUUAUAUUGUAGUUGUAUCUUAAUAUUUUCACUCUGGAAUAUUACAUAUAUUAUGAUUUAUAAUAUAUAAAUUGUAUAAUUCGUUCAAGUGUAUAGCACUAUUGAUAGAUCAACAAUAAAUUAUAUAAAUGUUAAAUUUAGGAUCACAACAGAAGGCUGGCAAACUUAUUUGAAUUGUUUGUUGCUAGUAUAAUUACAGGUGGCCAUAAAUUAUGUGGUUGAAUAGCACAUGGUUUUUGAAGUCCAGUUAAAGCAACUGGUACAAACGAAUAUUUAAAGAUUGUUUUUACAGUUAUUAUAUAUUGAUUUAAUAUUAAUUGCAUUUAAAUUAUUUUAAAACUGUACCUGCAUGCAAUUUAUGUAUUUGGUAGUUCUUGUUUAUGUUCAUUAUGGGGUGUCUGCUGCCCUCUAUAGUCUUCAGAAUUUUUUUUUCAAGCCGUCGGGGUUAUUUCUCUUUAUCCAUAUAAAUAUCAUCUGAAUGGUUUGUUUUAUAUUGUAUUUAUUGAAUUUCAUUUUAAUUGACAAUUUGAUUCUAAUAAUAAAUGUCAUAGAUUGUAAUGUCAUUGUCUAUUAAAUUAAUUAGGCCAUUUUCAUUCUUAGGAA